UUUCAUCUUUGCUGUGGACCGGCAUUUUCCCACAACACCCCGCUCCUCCUCGCACAGAUGACGAAAAUGGCGGACAACUCAUCUUCGGUCGAGAUUGUGGAGGGCUGUCGCCUCCCGGUUCUUCGUAAAAACCAAGAACACGAAGACGAAUGGCCACUGGCUGAAAUCCUGAGUGUGAAGGAAGUUUCUAGUAGAAAGCUCUACUAUGUUCACUACAUUGACUUCAACAAACGUCUGGAUGAGUGGGUCACAACAGAAAGGCUGGACAUGAAGAAGCUUCAGUUCCCCAAGAAAGAUGCUAAAACACCAACCAAGAACGGUCUUUCAGGUUCCCGUCCUAGUUCUCCGGAGAGAGAGAGAGAAAGAGAGAGAGAAAGAGAGCGAGAAAGAGAGAGAGAGAGAGAAGUGAGGAAGAGUCUAGAUCUCAACGUACAAACUGCCACAGCUCCUUCCAGAGGCAAAACCCUCCCCACGCCGGUACAAAAGAGGAAAGUAGAGCCUGCCCCCGUGGCUCCUCAGGUACCCCCGGUCAUCCCUGUGCCCUCCCUGCCAAGUUCAGCUGAAGCCACUCAGGCAGCUGUUUUUCCUGCCGUGAGAGAGACGCCCACCUUUAAGUCCCGUGAAGACCAUGAGCUCACAACGAAUGGCAACGCCCGACGACUCAUCCCCGCUCCACCUGGGAGGAAAAGAAAAGCUAAUUGUGGGGGAACUGACGAGAUGAUAAAGGUUUUGCAGUAUAACAAGCCUCAAAGUGCCAGUGUCUUUCUACCACCACCAGAGGAUUCCCAGGACAGCUCAGAUGGCAUUCCCUCUGCACCCCGCAUGACAGGCAGUUUAGUGUCCGAUCGCAGCCAUGACGACAUCGUCACUCGGAUGAAGAACAUUGAGUGUAUAGAGCUGGGACGGCACAGACUGAAGCCUUGGUACUUCUCUCCAUACCCACAGGAACUCACCUCGCUGCCCAUCCUCUACCUCUGUGAAUUCUGUCUCAAGUACCUCAAAAGCCUCAAGUGUCUUCAGAGGCAUUUGACCAAAUGUAAUCUAAGGCAUCCUCCAGGCAAUGAGAUCUACCGCAAAGGCACCAUCUCAUUCUUUGAGAUCGACGGCAGGAAAAACAAAAACUAUUCCCAGAACCUGUGUUUACUCGCAAAGUGUUUCCUCGACCACAAGACGUUGUAUUACGACACAGACCCUUUCCUCUUCUACGUAAUGACAGAGUACGACUCCAAAGGCUUCCAUAUAGUGGGCUACUUCUCUAAGGAAAAGGAAUCAACUGAAGAUUACAACGUUGCCUGCAUCCUCACCUUGCCUCCUUACCAGCGAAGAGGUUACGGCAAACUGCUCAUUGAGUUCAGUUAUGAGCUGUCCAAAGUAGAAGGGAAGACGGGAACUCCCGAAAAGCCGCUUUCUGAUCUCGGUCUCUUGUCCUAUCGCUCUUACUGGUCCCAGACCAUCUUGGAAAUCCUUAUGGACCUUAAACCAGACAAUGGCGAAAGACCACAGAUUACCAUCAAUGAGAUCAGUGAGAUCACAAGUGUAAAGAAAGAAGAUGUUAUUUCAACACUUCAGUACCUCAACCUAAUCAACUAUUACAAGGGUCAGUACAUUCUGACUCUGUCAGAGGACAUUGUGGAGGGACACGAGAGAGCCAUGCAGAAGCGGCACCUGCGCAUAGAUCCUAAAUGCCUUCACUUCACUCCAAAGGACUGGAGCAAAAGGGGGAAGUGGUAGAGUUGGUUGCUGAAUGACGCCAGAACCAGGGCAGCAGACACCCGACGCGAACGGUGGAUCAGAUCAAGGUUUCCCCUCGGCUUUCUCAUCAAGAACCCAGGACUUCUCUUCGAUAAACAGUGAACAUGAAUUGUUUUGUUAAACGUUCAUUCUAUAUCGUGAAUCUAAAAGGCCGUCAAACCUGGGCAGAGGGAGAGACUGGUUAACAGUAACACCGCCAAAAACACAACACACCUUCUACUGUGUAAAAGAUCCUGUUUAUGAUCAAAACAGUGCAUUAAAAAUGACAAAAAGGUGACUGUCUAUCAGUGUAAAAUGACAAACGCACAAACCACUGAAAGGUUGUUUUUAUACACGUGAUUUUAGAUCCUAUAGAACUGCUUCAUCUGUUAGUCCACAUUUUGUAAAACUCAAGUACAUUUAUUUGCUCUUCUUGUUGUUGUUGCUGUUCCCCUGACUACCACUGUGGCCACACCCUCUCAUCUGCCAUGUAAAAAUGUUGUCAUUAGGAUCAUUCGUAUUCCAACAAAGUUCACUAGAGUCAUAAUUAAGAAACAAAACUAAUGCCUGAACAACACUCCAAAAUUUACUUUUUUCUACUUUGAAGGUUUUUCAAAGGUUUUUUUUUUUCCUUCCAAGGCUUCAGGACCUCUAAAACCUCUUCCUGGGUAUAAAAGAUUGAAUAGUUGUUAUUAGGAACUAAAAUCAGACUGUGGAUACUUUUAUACUCUCCCUGUGACUAAGGCAGAUGUUUAUUUUGAGAGUUUAAAGAGGGAAAUUGUACAUUAAGACUUUUUUGGGGGGGGUAAGUUUUUCUUCGAGUGCCUGAAUAUUAAUGUUUCUUAGCUAAUAAUAAUUAUAAUGCAUCAGGCUGUUUUUAGUGUCACUUUACUAGGCUCACUUAUAAAUGUGAACAGCCCAAUACUUUUGCAUUAUUUAUUACAUAAAACUCAGAACUAGGCAUCAGUUAUGUUACACGUUUGUGCAGUUACAUAUGUUCUUGGUUUGUGAUCAUUCAGGCCAAUAUUUCUUUUUCUGUUUUUCAUCACUCAAGCAUAUCAACCCCCUCUUGAUUUAAACGUAUAUUUGCCGUGUCUGUACAUACUGAUGACAGAAGCCAUGUUGAACUUUAAGGAAUGUAAAUUUCAUGUACAGUCGUCUUUCUUUUUUACUCAAUGUUAUCUAACAAGCUGCACAAUGUUUAAAAAAAAAAAAAAGACCUAAAAGUGAUAUCUUACCUUCAGUUUUGUGUUUUAUGUUUACAUGUCAGAAAAGGAUGUUGAAAUGAUUUAGUAUAUCUUUAUGUGGAACACUUCAGAGCGUUUGAACGUUUGAUAUAAAAAGAAAAGAAAAGCUGGCUGAAUUGAUUAAAAACAACGCGUCUUUAUUGUGUUUAUUCUGGUCUGAGAGCCACUUUCAUCUGUGUGGACAGGUUAAGCCGUGUAAAUGAAUGUAACAAAUUCCCAG